AUGGCUAGUCUAUACCUUGUUCGUGGCAUCCUCAUGCUAACUCUGGUCCUCCUCAAUAUCCAUAUCCUCAAAUCUAAUUGUGAGUCCAUCACUAGGGAUUCUGAGAAGGCAGCGCUUCUAAAGCUUGAGCAAGACUGGGGCAAGCCUGCGGCUCUGAACUGGAGUUCCAUCACAAACACCGAUCAUUGUGAUUGGUCAGGCGUCAUUUGCACAGAUGGCUUUGUAACAGGUUUAUCACUUGCUGGCCGUGACCUCUACAAGCCAAUUCCAAAAGCAAUUUGCUCGUUCAAGAAUCUAUUUUACAUCGAUCUAUCCAAGAACCAAAUAUCAGGUUCUUUCCGUACAUCUAUUUUCAAUUGCUCUAGACUUCAGCACCUGGAUCUCUCAUUCAAUUCAUUGUUUGGUUUUCUUCCUGCAAACAUCCAUAAAUUGUCACCAAAGCUUGCCUAUCUAAACCUCGCAUCAAAUAGCUUAUCUGGCAGCAUCCCAAGUGCAAUCUGCCAGCUUCAUGGUCUUCGAUUUCUCCACCUUGAUAACAAUUAUUUUAAUGAAAGCUACCCAGCAGAGCUUGGAAAUCUCUCAGAACUUCGAGUUUUAUCUCUUGCUUAUAAUCCCUUUGCUCCAGGCAGGAUGCAUCCACAGUUUGGGAAUCUGAGCAACAUAAAAUAUUUGUGGAUGAGCAACAUGAAUAUAGUUGGUGAAAUUCCAGACACCAUGUCUCAGCUGAGUCAACUUAGGCUACUCGACUUGUCUUCUAACAGAUUGAAUGGGAUGAUUCCUAGUAGGGUUUGGAGGUUGAGAAGUCUGGAAAUGCUCUAUCUAGUCAACAACUCUCUGUGUGGUCAUAUAAGUGGACCAAUUGAAGCAAUGAGUUUGACCGAGAUCAAUGUUUCAAACAACCUACUCACAGGAAGGAUACCAGAGGAUUUUGAAAACAACUUCAUCUCUGGUGAAGUCCCAACAAACCUCAUCCUACAUGCACCUUUGCAAGUCCUCGUCCUGGCUGGAAAUAUGUUAUCAGGGUUACUACCUUCAAGGAUCUGGUACAUGCAGUACCUAAAGAAGAUUGACCUUAGGAAAAACAAUCUCUCUGGUGAGAUCCCAAACAUCCCACUAGACACCGUGGAUUUAAGUAUGGCAAUUGAUACCAUAGAUCUCUCAGAGAACCACCUCUCUGGCCCAAUACCAGCAAGCCUUAUAUAUCUGAGACCUACCCUCCUCAAUCUCUCUAAUAACCAACUGACAGGCCAUAUUCCACCUGUUUUUCAGAUAAACGAAUUUGAGCAGAGCUUUCUAUCCAAUCCUGGUCUCUGCUCCUACAACUUUGGCAACUAUCCUAUGUGUAGCACACAACCAGGUCCAGAAGAACAAGACAAACAUUUGAAAAGGCCCAUAAUCAUUUUCCUAAUCCUUGGUUCAACAAUGCUCGUAUUCACAGGGAUUUUUUGUUUCAUUAAGAUUAGGUCUAGGAAAAAGCAUGAGGCUCCAUCUCCACAGUGGAAGCUAACAACCUUCCAACCCAUUAGUUAUAAUGUUGAAGACAUUCUUUGUGGUCUUACAAACAAUAACCUUGUGGGUAGAGGUGGCUCGGGAAAGGUAUACAAGAUAUGCCUCGGUAACAACUGCAAGAUAGCUGUCAAGAAAAUAGGUAAUGGCCUAAAGAAGGAUGGUAUGCUGGAAAAACAGUUUCAAGCUGAAAUUGGGACUCUUGGAUCUAUCAGGCAUGCUAACAUUGUCAAGCUGCUUGGCUUCAUAUCAACCUCCGAGUCGAAGCUCCUGAUCUAUGAAUACAUGGAACAUGGUAGCCUAUAUGAUUGGUUGCAUCAGAGAGAUAAGGACUGA